AUGCAGCUCUUCGUCCGCGUGCCUGGGCAGCCCACAGUGGCCGUGGAGAUAGGCUCAGACGCCACCAUGGCCGUGCUGAAGCAGGCGAUUGAGGACCGCACCGGAAUCCCCGCUGCCGAGCAGCUGCUCACCCGUGGCGGCCGCGCGCUGCCGGCGUCCCUUUCUGCCCUGCCCUACGGCGCCGCCCUCGACCUCCUGCUACGCCUGGCCGGCGGCAAGGGCGGCUUCGGCGCGCUGCUGCGCGGGCAGGGGCGCGACGGGAAGAUCACAGACAACUUUGACGCGUGCAGGGAUCUGCAGGGGCGCCGCGUGCGGCAGGUGGAAGCUGAGAAGAAGCUGAAGGAGUGGGCGGCGCAGUCCAAGGAGCGGGAGCUGGAGAAGAUCGCGCAGCAGCACAUACGCGACCUGGCGCGGCAGCAGCGCCAGGAGCGCGACUACGAGAUCAAUGUCGAGGCGGUGCGGAACGAGCAGCGCGCCGCGCUGGAGCGCGUGCAAGAGGCGGUGCAGAGUGCGCUCGCGGAGGGCCUCGCGACCGGCGCGCCCGGCGGCAGCAGCGGGAGCGGCAGCGGCGCCAGCGGCAGCGGCGGGGGCAGCAGCGACACGGAGGCGGGCGGGGUCGAGGCCGAGGGCGGCGCUCCUGGCAGCGCCGGCGCAAAGCGCAAGGCGCCCGACGCGGCCGCGGCCGCAGCAUUCGGCGAGGGCGCGGAGGCGGCCGCGGCGGCGGCGAAGCGGCCGCGCAAGGGGAUGCUUGAUAUGCUGGACGGCAGUGAGGACGGCGACAGCUCUUCCGACGAGGAGGACGAGUGA